AUGGAUCAGUUUCUACUCAAGGACAAAGUUGCGGUCGUGACUGGCGGCUGCCGCGGCCUCGGCUUUGCUUUUGCAGAGGCUCUCGCAGGAGCUGGUGCCAGCAUUGCUAUUCUCGAUGUUGGAUCUCCCGACCAAGCCCUUGAGGAGUUAAGGAACAAAUAUAGCGCCAAGUUCGAGUUUUAUCACACCAACGUCACAGACCGAGAGCAGGUUGAGAAUACAGUCCAGCGGAUUGAGAAGGACUUUGGCUCAGUUGAUAUCAACAUUAACGCUGCCGGUGUCGUCACGGACGAGUCAUUCCUCACCUCCUCCGAUAAGAAUUUGAGCACGACCUUUGACGUUAAUUUCAAGGGCUCUUUCCUCGUCGCGCAGGCAUGCGCCAACGCCAUGUUCCGCAAGCUGGGACCCUCUGGCAAGCCCGCGGCGGGACAGGAAACGUCCAACGGAUGCAUUGUCUUCAUUGCAAGCGUCGCAACACACAUCGGAACGGCUGUUCAGAACAUCAGCGUCUACACUGCAUCCAAGGCGGCCGUGCGUGGGUUGGUAAAGCCCAUGGCUAUGGAACUAGCUCAGUAUGGCAUUCGCGUCAACUCACUUUCCCCGGGGCCCAUGCAGACAGCCAUGUAUGCAAAGGUUGCCGAGGAGAACCCCGGUUUCGCCCACCAGAUGAACAAGGAGACCAUGUUUGGCAGGGCAGGAUAUCCUGAAGAAUUGAAGGGCUGUGUUCUGUUCUUGUGUAGCCAGGCCAGCAGCUGGUACACUGGCCAGGACUUGUUGGUUGAUGGUGGAGCGAGCUCUUGGAAGCACUUGGCUGCUUAA